CUCAUCAUUCUCACACAGACCAGUGACAUCAGGCUGAGACUGGCUCUCCAGCAGCUUAAACGGUUAGACCCACCUCAAGCCGGAAUCAAGAUGCCGACCACGACAAGACUUAUUUCGAACACCCGGAAGUCGGAUAAAGCAAAGAAUGUCAAAGCUGGAAACUCGCCCACAGAAAAGAUCCCAGACUACGAGCCAAAUAUCCCAGAACCCAAAUGCAGAGCUGAUCUUAUCAAAUACUGGUUCAAACUUUCCCUGGAUGACAAGACAGCCAAUAAGACGCUGUGGAUCACAGAGGGCGGCACUAAAGUGGCCCGUAUGACUGACGAUUUAACUUGUCCCGUCUUGGAUAGACCAGAGAGAUAUGAGUAUUCUCCACAGGUUCUUUGCAAGGAAGGAAUCCUGGGUUUCCGAGGCUACUGGGAGGUUGAGUUCUCCGGGUGGGUCGUUGUCGGCAUUGCGUACGAACGAGCAGGACGGAGGAACAGCGAUGGGUCUUGCGGGCUGGGAGAGAAUGAAGGGUCAUGGGGCCUCGGUUGGUCCGGCUCCAGCUACCAUGCCUGGCACAAAGGUUACAAUGUGGAGAUCAAGGAAGUCCCUCAGUGCUCUGUAAUUGGAGUAUACCUGGACCAGCCCGCUGGUAUCUUGAAUUUCUAUGCUGUGGAGGAGGUGAAGGAGGGAGAGGAAGACACGGGGGCAAUGGAGGUGAAGCCUCUGCAUCAAGUCAGGAGCACGUUUGAGGAGAAGAUGAUCCCGGGUUUCUGGAUGGGUACACAAUCUAAGUGCUCACUCAUACAGAAGGAGGAAUAAAGAACUGAAUCCACAAUGUAGAAUGAAAUAUUGUGAUAAUUAGCUCAGAAAGGUGUAAAAAUAUCCCAUUCUAUUAUUGAUAUGGCCCCUUUCAGC